GAAUUAUCAAUACCGUCCAGUUCAGGCAGUUCACAUUUACCAACAAACAGUGAAAACAAGUUGGAAGAUAUAAUUUUACUGAAGCCAGAUAUUGGAUUUUACAUAGGAAAAACAAACAUUGAUGAUUACACAAAAAAGGCAAUAUUGGAAAAUCACUGGUAUCCACCUGAAGAUUAUGUUUUUCCACACUCUGAGCAUAAUCGUAAUAAUAAAGUCCGUAAACGAUAUCCAUCAUUUAAACAUUUCAAAUCAUAUAACUGGUUAGUUUUGUCAGAUCUAUGUCGAGGAUUGUUUUGCAAAUAUUGUUUCCUGUUUGCGCCUUCUACCGCAUCGAAUAAUCAAUUAAAUAUACUUGUUAAAAAACCAUUAAUAACAUUUGCAAAACUAGAUGGCCAAGAUGGUACGCUUAAUAUGCAUUCAAGAAAUAAAUAUCACCAUAAUGCUGUUCAGUCUGGAAAAAUCUUUCUACAAACUUACUUAUGUCCGGAAAAAGACAUUAUUAAUCAAGUAUGUUCACAAAGAGUGCAACAAAUCAAAGACAAUCGUGAAAGGUUACGCCCAAUUAUAGAGUCAUUAAUAUUUUGUGGUCGGCAGAAUAUUGCUCUGAGAGGCCAUAGAGAUGAUGGGUCAUUAAUAGAUACUGAUGGGAAUGACAAUGUAUCUAUUACAUCAAAUGAAGGAAAUUUCAGAGAAGUACUUCGAUUACGAAUACGUUCGGGUGAUGAAAAAUUAAAAAAACAUAUUGAAACUACUUCAUCUCGUUCAACAUACAUUGGGAAAAAUACUCAAAAUGAUAUCUUAAACUGUAUUGGUAAAGUUAUUAAAACACAUGUUGUGGACAAUGUUAAAAAGGCUGGUGUAUAUUCGAUAAUGUUUGAUGAAACUACGGAUAUUUCAUGCACCGAGCAACUUACUUUAGUAUUGAGGUAUGUGAUAAAUAAUGAAAUUCAUGAAGAUUUUGUGACAUUUUUGGAUGCUUACCAAUCUAUUAGACAAGAAGAUAAAUCAAAUUCCGGGGAGUCAAAGCUUACUGGACAUGCUCUUGGACAUAUUGUUAUUGAUGUUUUAACUAAAGAUUUUGGGAUUGAUUUAAAAUUAUGUGUUGGAAUUGGUACUGAUGGGUGUAGUGUGAUGAUAUCGCAAGAUUGUGGAGCGGUAACAGAAAUUUUAAAACAGUGUACAAAUGCUGUUCGUUGCCCUUGUUAUAACCAUGCAUUAAACAACUCUUUGGCCCAGUCAUCUAAAAUAGUUUCAGUAAGAAAUACGAUUGGAACAUUAAAAGAAAUAAUUUCAUUUUUUAAUGCUUCAGCAAAAAGACAUUUAGUGUUGAAAAAUAUCCUUGGCAAAACCUUAACUGGUUUGUGCCAGACCAGAUGGAUUGAGAUGCAUGAUGGUAUCUUGCAAUUUAAAUCAGCUCUCCCUAAGAUUGUUGAAGCACUAACUGAAGUAUCAAUAUGGUCAGAAAGAAUAUCGUCUAGCAAAGCUUCAAUUUUGUUGUCAGCCAUAAACAAUAGUGAGUUUAUUAUAUGUAUAUUAGCUAUGGUUGAUGUACUUAAACUAACAAUGCCAAUAUCACGACUUUUGCAAUCAACGUCAUUGGACUUAGCAAAUGCUUCUUCAUCAAUAGAUGGGGUAAAAGAAAUUUUAGAGGAAAAACGUAAAAAUUGUGUUUCUGAAUUUAAAACAAUUUUUUCAAAUGCAAGUGACUUAGCUACAGUUAUUGGAUUUGACUUAAGAAUGCCUAGAAUAGUUGGGAAACAAAUAAAUCGUAGCAAUUAUCAAGCAAAAGAUACUGAACAAUAUUAUUUGCGAAGUAUUUACAUACCACUAUUGGACACUGUGAAAACAGAUAUGACUUUGAGAUUAUCAAUCAGUACUUUAGAAGCUUUCGAUUUACGUUUAUUAAUUCCUAAAACAAUUGUAGUGUUAACUGACAAAGAUUCCUGCGAGAAAAAAAAUAUAAUAAAAAGAAUUUUAAACGUAGCAACUAAAUUUUCUAAAUUAAAUGCAGAAGUUAAAUUGAUGACUCCUGAUUUAUUAGAAGGUGAAGUUAUGUUAUGGAUCCAUAAAUGGAAGAAAUGUACACCAGACCAACGACCGAUUACAGCAUUAGAUGCCUUAACAAAAUGUGAUAAUGAAAUAUUUCCUACUAUAAGAUUGUAUUUACAAAUAUUAGCAACACUCCCAGUCAGUGUUGCAUCGGCUGAGAGAAGUUUUUCGACUCUACGCAGAGUUAAAACUUGGCUUCGAUCAAGGAUGGACGAGGAUCGUUUAACAAGUUUAUGCUUGCUAAACGUACAUCAAAAUAUUAAUAUGUAUGAUAAAGUGGACGAUAUAAUAGAAUUAUUUGCAAAACAAAAAAAAAGAAGGCUGGAGUUUGUUGUAUAAAUAUUUUAUUAAAUAAAACCAAAUAUAAUGUGUAAAUACAAGACAUUAUUUAUUGACAAACUUACAGGUCCCAGGUUAGAAUAUUCUCUAAGUCCCCUUUGCAAUUUAGUGAUAGCUGAAAAAAAAUGGCC